CGCGAACGCAUCGCGUUAUCCCGGGCUCCGGCCAAAUGCACCCGCUCCGCCGACUACCGUUGCUCCCACUGCCACGCGGUCCCGCACCCCGCCGCCUGCUAUUGGCCACGGCAUCCGCCGCCGCCGCUUCGCCGCUUCCAUGGCCAGGGCUCCACGCCUGGCGCAGGGCGCCGCCCAGCGACCUCCGCACGUGGGGCCCGAACGGUCCCUGCGCCUCAGACGUCGAUGAGCCGGCGGAUGACGCCGGCGCGGGCUCGUCGCUGGCGGAGAUGGGGGCGCUCGUGCUGUCCAACGCGGACCCCCUCGCCAAGGCGCGGCUCACUCACGCCGCCUUCUCCCGGUGGGCCGCCGGGCUCCCCGUCGGCCAGGCGACGGCCCCCGACCACCCCGCCAGGCCCGAUAAGCCCCUCGUGGUGACGCAGAAGGAGAUUACCACGCACAAGGAGAUGGGAGUGCCGCUCAACGCGUACAUGCUGCACAACCUGGCGCACGUCGAGCUCAACGCCAUCGACCUCGCCUGGGACACCGUCGUGCGGUUCGCGCCGCUCAGGGAUGCGCUAGGGAAUGGGUUCUUCGCUGAUUUCGCGCGUGUGGCCGAUGACGAGAGCCGACAUUUUCGGUGGUACUCACAGCGGCUCGCGGAGCUUGGGUUCAGUUAUGGUGAUAUGCCUGUUCACAAUCUUCUGUGGAGGGAGUGUGCAAAGUCCUCAAGCGAUGUUUCUGCACGAUUGGCAGUGAUUCCUUUGGUCCAGGAAGCCAGAGGACUAGAUGCUGGACCAAGAUUAGUCCAAAGGUUAUCUGGUUUUGGGGACCAUCGAUCUGCAGACAUUGUGGCAAGAGUAGCAGAGGAAGAGCUUGCACAUGUUUCUGUAGGUUUGUAUUGGUUUCUCAAAGUAUGCCAAAUGAUGGGUCGUGAACCGGGUGAUACUUUUAAAGACUUGAUAAAGGAGUACGGCGUUGUACUGAAGGGUCCAUUCAACUAUCCAGCUCGUGAUGAAGCUGGUAUACCCCGUGAAUGGUAUGACGAUAAGUUCAAACAAGAAGCUGCACAAAAACUUUCAGAGGUCCAUGAUAGACUAGCUUGUAUUGUUGAGAUGGAGAAAGAGAAUGCAAGUUUGAAUGGCUAAGUGCCACUUGAUGUACACGAGAGACUGGGUUUUGUCUGGAUGGAGUGAAAAGAUAAGGAAUCAUCAAAGCGUGUUAGACCUGUCAGUGGAUGCUUGGAGAGUUAUCUGCCGUCAGAUUUUUUUUUUGUUUGAUAACUGGGAAACCAGAUAUUGUAGGCCGGAGCCGGAAGCCGUGAACUGGUACCAUUAGGAUGGUGGAUUAGUCUUUUUCUAUUUUCUUUUGGAACUAGGGUGCUGUAUUACUUUGAGCAGAAUUAACGAUGGAUUGGUAGGACACAUCAAUUCUUCGUUCCGCUGCAGGCCUACUGAGUACCAAAUGUUGUGUUCAGCUCUGUAUCUAUGAUGUGAACAUGCAGUGCUACUGGGCUACUGGCUGUACAGUGAGUACCAAAUGCUCGUGCGCCCC